AUGAGCGGAAUCAAGAUUGCAAUUGAUAGGGGAGGCACUUUCACCGACUGUGUGGGUAGCUGGAAUUCCGAUUCUGGUCGCAAAGACGUGAUCAUCAAGCUCUUAUCAGUGGACCCCCAGAACUACUCCGAUGCAAAUCUCGAGGGAAUUAGAAGAUUGAUGGAAAUCUACACGGGGCACAAAAUCCCUAGGGGACAGCCUUUGGAUACGUCCAAAAUUGAGCAUCUGCGUCUGGGUACAACUGUGGCUACAAAUGCCUUGCUCGAAAGAAAAGGUGAGAGGUGUGCCUUGGUCACCACUUCCGGGUUUAAGGACAUUCUGCGCAUUGGCAAUCAGUCCAGACCACACAUCUUUGACUUGUCGAUCGCAAAGCCGGAGGUUAUCUACGACACUGUGGUGGAAAUUGACGAAAGAGUCACUCUUGAGGAUUUUGUCGAGGACCCAGAAAACAAGUUCACCAAUCCCAACGGAUCAGAACUAGUCAAAGGUUUGUCCGGAGAAACUGUGCGUGUUUUGAAGAAACCUAAUGUUGACGAGAUUAAGACCGUUCUUACUGCCUUGUACGGUACGGGUGUCAAGUCGCUUGCAGUUUGUCUGCUCCACAGUUACACAUUCCCCGAUCACGAGCUUUUAAUUGGUCAAAUUGCCAAAGAGAUCGGAUUCACGCAUAUCUCGCUGUCUCACAAGCUGAUCCCAAUGAUCAAGUUGCUCCCACGGACAAACUCCUCGGUGGCAGAUGCUUACUUGACACCGGAGAUCCAGAAGUACCUCGCUGGUUUCGAGUCUGGCUUGAAAGAUGGUCUUUUCAGUGCGGCUCAUGGUAAGCACACCGGAGUGAAGUGCCAGUUCAUGCAAUCUGAUGGAGGUUUGGUUGAUGCCUCUGCAUUUUCUGGUCUUCGUGCCAUUCUCUCGGGUCCAGCUGGAGGUGUUGUUGGUUAUUCCAAGACCUGCUACAACCCAAAAAACAAGAUUCCAUUGAUUGGAUUCGACAUGGGUGGUACUUCUACCGACGUUUCUAGAUUUGGAGACGGUAAGUUUGAUCACGUGUUCGAGACCACCACUGCAGGUAUCACGAUCCAGUCUCCACAGUUGGACAUCAACACUGUGGCAGCUGGUGGAGGUAGUAUCUUGGCUUUCAAGAAUGGACUUUUGACUGUUGGCCCAGAAUCGGCUUCAUCCCACCCUGGCCCUGCAUGCUACCGUAAAGGUGGUCCUUUGACCAUCACCGAUGCCAACGUUGUUUUGGGAAGACUGGUUCCGGAAUACUUCCCAAAAAUCUUUGGUCCUAAUGAAGAUGAACCUCUGGAUAUUGAGGUAACCACCAAAAAGUUCCAGGAGCUCACGGACAAAAUCAAUGCCGCCAACCCUCAUCUGCCUGCAAUGAGCGUGCACGAGGCCGCCUGGGGUUUCCUCAAGGUUGCCAACGAGACAAUGGCCCGUCCUGUUCGUCAAUUGACCGAAGCCAAGGGUCACAUUCUCUCCAAGCACAGACUGGUUUCGUUUGGAGGAGCUGGUGGACAGUGUGCUUGUGACGUUGCCGAGCUCUUGGGAAUUUCACUGGUUUUGGUUCACAGAUUCUCCUCUGUUUUAUCUGCUUACGGAAUGGCCCUUGCUGACGUGGUGGAAGAAGUCCAAGAACCAUCGUCCUAUAUUCUCAAAGACGAAACUAAGGACCUGCUUGAAGCACGACUUGCAGAUCUAAAAGAACAGGCUAUCAAGUCGCUUGUGACUCAAGGAUUCGAGAAGAAGGAUAUUACCUGCGAAGAAUACUUGAAUUUGAGAUAUCAAGGAACUGAGUCUGGUUUGAUGGUUGUUAGAGACCAGGGCUGGGACUUUAAAGAAAACUUCUUUGCACUCCACAAACGUGAGUUUGGAUUCGUCUUUGACAAAGACAUCAUUGUUGAUGAUAUCAGGGUCAGAGCAAUUGGUAAGGGGCUUGAUAGAAAAGAAGAGUAUGUCGAUGACCAGCUUGAGGAACUUGCAAGCUCAAACAAACUUGUGUCUGUAUCUAAGGAUAAGGUCCAGUUUGUCAAGACAACUUUCUGGGGUAAAGACCAUUUGGAUACUCCUGUCUAUAGACUGGAGGAGCUGGAAAUUGGAACUCAGAUCAAAGGUCCAGCAAUUGUUGCCGACGGAACUCAGACCAACGUGAUUCCUCCAAAAUCCAUUGCUACUGUUUUGGAGUCUCAUUUGGUUAUCGAACUGGCACAGGAGAAAAAAGCUGUUGCUGCUGGCGAUCAGGAAAUUGUUGUGGAGCCUGUUUUGCUGUCCAUCUUUGGUCACAGAUUCAUGGACAUUGCCGAACAGAUGGGUAUCUCUUUGCAAAAAACGUCUGUUUCCGUGAAUGUCAAGGAAAGGCUCGAUUUUUCGUGUGCAUUGUUUGACCCUAAGGGAAAUCUGGUUGCCAAUGCACCUCACGUUCCUGUCCAUCUCGGUUCCAUGUCCACAUGUGUUGCUACCCAGGCAAAACUGUGGGAGGGAAAAUUGAAACCAGGAGACGUUCUUAUCUCAAACCAUCCGUCAGCCGGAGGAACUCACUUGCCAGAUAUCACUGUUGUGACACCAGCAUUUGAAGGAGAUAAGAUCAUCUUCUACGUUGCUUCUCGUGCCCACCAUGCCGACAUUGGAGGUAUUCUGCCAGGAUCCAUGCCUCCAAAUUCCAGAGAACUUUGGGAAGAAGGAGCCACCUUCUACUCCGAACUUUUGGUCAGCAAUGGAGAAUUUCAAAUGGACAAGAUCACCAAGAUCAUGCUCGAUGAUCCAGCAAAAUACCCAGGUAGCUCCGGUACCAGAAGACUAUCCGACAAUAUUUCUGAUUUGAAGGCCCAAGUUGCUGCAAAUCAGAAAGGUAUUUCGCUGAUUGGCCGUUUGGUUGACGAGUUUGGUCUUCCAACCAUUAUCAGAUACAUGACAGCUAUUCAGGAAAACGCCAAACAAACUGUUUCCAAGAUGCUUGAUGUUUUGAUCGAUAAGCAUGGCGAAGAGACUUUGAAUUGCACCGAUUUCAUGGACGAUGGUUCUGCUAUCAAAUUGCAAGUCAGAAAGUCCAAGACUGACGAUAAGGUGAUCUUCGACUUCUCUGGAACCUCCCCACAGGCAAACAAUAAUUUCAAUGCACCAAAGGCAAUUACUUACUCUGCCAUUAUCUACUGUCUGCGUUGUCUGGUUGACGAAGAUAUUCCAAUGAACCAAGGGUGUCUGGAUCCGAUCGAGGUCAUCGUUCCUGACAGUUCACUGCUUUCUCCAGAUGAUGGAUGUGCUGUUGUGGGGGGAAACGUUUGUACCUCUCAGAGAAUCACAGACACCAUUUUGAAGGCAUUCCAUGUGAUGGCCGACUCUCAGGGCUGUUGCAACAAUUUCACCUUUGGAACAGGUGGAAACACCCCUGACGGAAAGUACGCUCAAGGAUUUGGAUACUACGAGACCAUUGCCGGUGGUCACGGGGCGUCUGCUACGUGGGAUGGAGUUUCUGGUGUGCACACCAACAUGACUAAUACCAGAAUCACCGACCCUGAGAUUUUCGAAAGGAGAUAUCCAAUCAUCCUUCGUGAAUUCUCGAUAAGAAAGGGUUCAGGUGGAGCCGGUCGUCACACUGGUGGUGACGGUGUUAUCCGUGAAGUUGAGUUCAGAGUUCCUGUUACUGCGUCGAUUCUUUCUGAACGUAGAGCCAUUGCUCCACAUGGACUUGCUGGCGGAGAGGACGGAGCUCGUGGAAUCAACUUGUGGAUUAAGAGAAGAAAGGACGCUGACGGAAAUCCUACCGAGCGAAUUGUCAACAUGGGCGGCCGUUCGUCCGUGAACGUUGCCGCUGGUGACAGUGUCCGCAUUCUGACUCCCGGUGGUGGAGGCUACGGCCCUGCUUCUGAGAAGGCAGAAAAGGUUCCACGGAAACAAGCCGGCCAUCAGUUCACCUUUUCUGGAUCUCUAGCUGCCAGAAACAGAAUUCAGCUGGAGAACUAA